GAAAUCAUCGGCCUACCUUCAGAUUACACGAAGGAAGAGGUCAAGAUCCUCGAAAUCGAGGUGUUCGCCCGCGGUGAGCUGGCCAUGCGCACUGCUGAUUGUUUCGAUGAUCUUGCCCAUGUACAAAGCGCUGUCGAGUAUCGUGCGUCUUUCUUGCGCGAGAAGAAGACCGCCGGGAAGCAAGGGCAGAAAGCAGGUACGCGUUUCCAGACCGAACUCCAGAGGAGCGGUCACUACGCUUAUCGUCUGGCCGAACGCUACAACGACAACUUCCAACGCGUGUCGGCACUGCGCAAAAUUCUCGACCACAAACCAGACCAAGACUCAUCGGAAGGUCGUCUGCGCGCGAUCGACUUGAAGACCGAUCUGACCCUCUCCGACCUUACCUCGCGUCAACCAGGCAACACACGACGGUACUCCUCUUGGGUUUGG